UAUAUAAACUAAACGUUUCCCGGCGAUUUCGUAACAUCACCAUAAAACACAAUACACCGGAGAAGAAACGAAGAAAAAUCUCUCCGGAAGAUUUUAUCGAGAAAACUCCGACGAAAAAUCUCGACGAGAGAAAUUUACAAAACUGCUUUGUUUGAUCUUCAGCUGAGGUUGCUUGAGGAAGGCAGCGCAAGGGAGUGCCCCGAUCAAUGGUGUAUUCUGGUGAGAAGGAGAAAGUGCGCGAGUUCAUGGAGAUGGGACCCAGCGCGAUCGACGCCUCUCCACAAUUUCACGUUGCCGUGCUUGAAGUGGGGUAACCACAUGUACCUUAGGUGCUUGAAGGUGGAAUCUGCCGCCGCCAGUGAUCAACGACUUCGCCGCCGAUCUCCUUUCGGGGAAAUUUGAGGAUUCGUCGGUGGUGGCUAAUACUCGUCGUAGGGAGCCUCAAAAGAGCGACUACCAGCACAACAACCAGAACCGCCGAAUGAAGAAGGUGCCGUCGAGAUCGAGAGUUGAAGACGGCGAGGAAGGGAUCGACGAAGUGAGGGAGAAGAUUAUGUUGGAUCUGAAAACGGCGGCGGAUAAGAUGAAAGAUGCGAUUUUGAGAGAGGAAGUGUCUGACGACGACGGAGAAGAUGAUGAAGUAGAGGAGAAAGCCAAACGGAAGGAGAAGGAGAAAGAUAAGGAAAAGAAGAAGGAAAGAGAGGAAUCCCCUGCGGCGGCUGAAGAGGUGAGGCCGUGGAAUCUGAGGACCAGGCGGUCAGCGUGUAAGGCGCCGAUUGGUGGAGCGGGAAACAACCACCAGAAUGCCGACUACGGGAACAAUUACAAUAAAGGAUUGAAGAUUGAGGAGAGGAGACUGAAUUGUUCGCCGAUGAGGACUGAGGUGAUGAAGUCGCCGAGGAUGAGGGAAAGAGGAGGACUUACAGAAAAGGGGAGGGUGAAGUUCUCGAUACCAUUAACGAAGAUGGAGAUCGAGGAUGAUUACAUGGAGUUGGUAGGCCACCGACCACCCCGCCGGCCAAAGAAGCGGCCAAGGAUUGUGCAGAAGCUACUGGAUCCGUUGUUUCCCGGGUUAUGGUUGACGGAGGUCACUGUUGACACCUACAGGGUGGAGAUCGCUGAGAACGGGAAGAAGUGGUGAGUGGAGACGGUGGCCUACAUGGGAAGAAACAAGCUUCUAUUUGCUGACUACUGGUAACAUUGUGAAUGGAGUCAGUGGUACAAACAAACUCAGAUACACCAUCAUUGUGAAUUGGGAAUUUGAUAAAUUGUCAAAUUUCCUGGUGUAAGCUCAGAUACUUGAAAAUGUUAAUUUCAUUUGUCCAUUAUUUUAAUUUUUCAGAAUAAAUUUUGUACAAAGAAAGGGGAUUUGUGUAGGUCUUGCUUAGAUGGAGCAUAAACUUUUCUUUCUAUUUUGUGAUUUUUGAGCACAUUUUGUUAUGUUGCUUUGAUAUCAAUAAUCCAAUUUCCAUCUUUAACUCUCAGAUAGAGAAA